AUGGUCACUACCCCGCUUUCUGAGCAUCACACUAUGAAUCUUGCAAUUUCAGAGAGUAGAAGCUCGCAGUCCAAGACUCUGAGCUCUGUAACAAACUCGGAAACUUGCGACUCGACCCACCACAACAGAUUGCAUGAGUCUGUCAGUAAUCUUAGUAUGCACACUCUCAAUCAAAAACAAAACGAUGUUGGCUGUUUUGUAACUGAUAUGCCCGAGUUUCUGCCUGGAUCAGUUUUGCUGAAAGAAUCAACUACUGAUUCUAAUUCUAUUCAUUCAGCCACUAAUGCAAGAUAUUCUGAAACAGACCCUAACCCCAAAGACCACUCUACUGUAUUACCUAUACAUGUUCUGGCUGAUGAUGAAAAGGUUUCUGAGAGAUUGAACGAUUUCAAUCCAAAAUCUGCUUGCUCUGUUACUCGCAUCAAUAAAUCUUCGAGCAAGCUACUGCACUACGAUGGAUUACGUGGCGUAGCUGCUAUCUGGGUCUUUUUUUUGCACUAUCUGAAUGGACCGACUCCAGCUCUUCACAGUUUCUUGCUGGCAUACCAGCCUUGGUCUGCUAGUGGUCGGGUCUUGACAGCUUCUAUUCUCAGAACUGGAAAUCCUAGACAGCUUGUUUCUGCAAUGAUUCGUCGUCCGUUUCGGCUGUUUGUGCCAAUGAUUAUUAUGGCUACAUUAGAUCAACUCAUAUUCCACUUUAACGGCCCUGUAAAUUAUGGAAAGUUGAUUGCAGACCACUUGUGGUUCAUGUUUGACAGCGCCAGUAUUCCAAACACUGGAACUUGGGUACUAUGGACACUGUCGUACGAGUACAUCAACUCGAAUAUUAUCUUUGCAGUAACUCUAGUUUUACUACAGUUUCAGGAUAAUCCUAAAGCUAGAUAUCUAGUCUUAUGUGGCACAAUUGUUUGGUUCCAAAUUACUACAAAUUGGGGUGCACUGUUUAUAACUGGCCUGUUAAUGUGCGAUCUUGCUCGCCAUGGCUACUUUGAUCGAUACCGAGCAUGGCGCUAUUCUCACGUCAUCAACACUCUUUUGUUCAUCACAUCUGGUAUGUUGUUGUUUCGCAAUCCGCUCUACAAUAUUGCUGAUUCUAUAAGCGCUUCAUUGCGAUCGCAAAUGUAUUCUCAUGGAAAAAAAGGUGUUUCGGAUGAUUACUCUAUCCAAAACCCACAAAUCUUCUUCUUUGCUGCAUCGACCAUGCUUUGUGUCGAAACAAGCACAUACAUUCAAUGGGCUUUAUCGCGCCGUGUUUUUAUAUUUUUGGGCCAAAUCUCAUUUCCUUUAUAUCUGCUUCACCCUCACUUGUUCAAGACAUUAGACAAAGUGAAUGUGAGUAUCCGUUCAGUCGUCACUAAUCCAGUGUUGGAAGCCAUGAUCAUCUUUAUUGUAUGUACAUUCAUUGUAUGCAGUAUAUCAUAUCUUCUCAUUCAUAUUAUCGACACACCAAGCAUCCACAUAGGCAAAUGGGUUGAGCGUGUUGUUUUGGUGGAAGAAUGGUCAUUGCAUGCAAUCAAAGGAUGGUUUGUAAAUAUUCCCGGUCAAGUCCAAUCAAGCAUUACCCAGCGUAUCAAAAAAAUAAGAAAAUGUAUAUCACGAAAAUAA